AAGAAAAUGGUUGGUGGAAUAAACUGAACGGCCAAGAUCUCUCUCUUCCUUGGAAUAAAAUAAAUUAAAUGAUGUGUCAUUUUCAAGCCCCUUCUCUUCUUCUUUUUUUUUUAUUUUAGAAAAGAGAUCAUCAUCAUCUUUGAAUUGAAUACCUUUUAUUCAAAAAAAGUCUCUGGGCAAAUCAUUGCAACUGAAUUAGCAGAGGAGGAGGGGAGGGGAAGGGAGAUUCAUGGCUGAACAUCAUCAUCGCAUCAGAGUCUACUUAGCCUCUGCUAUCUUACUUUUAGCGGUUAUUAAUACGGGAAUUGCAGCAGAGAAUCUUUCCCAGCAGAAGCUAACUUCACGAAUUCUUCAGAAUGAGAUUGUGAAAGAAGUCAAUGAGAAUCCAAACGCUGGAUGGAUAGCUGCUUUCAAUGAUCGCUUUGCUAACUCCACCGUUGCAGAGUUUAAGCGCCUCCUCGGUGUUAAACCAACACCUAAGAACGAAUUCUUAGGCGUACCUGUUGUAAGCCAUGACAUUGACAUCUCUCUCAAGCUUCCUAAAGAAUUUGACGCUAGAACUGCUUGGUCUCAGUGCUCCAGUAUUGGAAGGAUCCUAGAUCAGGGUCACUGCGGUUCUUGCUGGGCAUUUGGGGCGGUAGAGUCACUGUCUGACAGGUUCUGCAUCAAAUAUAACAUGAAUAUAUCUUUAUCAGUCAAUGAUCUCUUAGCAUGUUGUGGAUUCCUUUGCGGUCAAGGCUGUAAUGGUGGCUACCCUAUUUCCGCGUGGCGAUACUUUAAGCACCACGGUGUAGUCACCGAAGAGUGUGAUCCAUACUUUGACAAUACUGGAUGCUCACACCCGGGAUGUGAACCCGCUUACCCUACACCAAAAUGUGUGAGGAAAUGUGUUAGUGGAAACCAGCUUUGGCGUGAAUCAAAACACUAUGGUGUUAGCGCCUACAAAGUCAGACAUGGCCCUCAAGACAUUAUGGCUGAAGUUUACAAAAACGGACCUGUUGAGGUUGCCUUUACCGUUUAUGAGGACUUUGCGCAUUACAAAUCUGGAGUGUACAAGCACAUAACAGGUGCAAACAUUGGAGGUCAUGCUGUCAAGCUUAUUGGCUGGGGAACUUCUGAUGAUGGCGAAGAUUAUUGGUUGCUUGCAAAUCAAUGGAACCGAAGCUGGGGUGAUGAUGGUUACUUCAAGAUCAAGAGAGGAACGAACGAAUGUGGAAUCGAACACGGUGUUGUCGCCGGUUUGCCUUCAGACAGGAACGUCUUUAAUGGUAUUAAUACAUCAGAUGAUGUUCUAGUUUCCUCAUUUUAAAACUAAAAAUCAGAAAACAAAAGACGUGUUUCUGUCUCGACACUCUCUGUAAUAUAUGUAAUUUGCUUCCUGUUUCCAAUGAAAAGAAUCAAACGACUUCAAUAAACCCAAACAAAAGUAUAUUAACUACAAAAUAUACCCUUUUAGCUUUUGUUCA